AUGGGUCUGGGAAUGCAAGCCAAGGGCUGGCAAUUAGACCCUUCCGCGCCCGCCAUGGGCAGCGAGAUGCCCAUCCCUCCGCAGGUUCCGGCACAAGAGGCGUCAACAAAGACGCCCCCGGCCGUAGCAUCGCAGCCGUCGGUGGGUGAUCAGCCACUAAGAGGCAUGCAGGCCAUGGCUGUCGAGGCGUGGGACCACCGCUGCACGUCGGCACAAAGCGAGUCCCCAGAAGAAGAGCAGAGGCGCUGCCAGCCCUCGCAGCCCUCCAACGGGCGACAGACCCGAUCGUCUGUGCCGUCACCCCAUGCUCGUCAUCGCCAGGACGAGCGGGACGGGCUCGAGUCGUGA